UGUCUUCCGGGCACCCCGCGGGAGCGAGGCAGAGGCGCGGGGCGGCCGCGGCGACCUCUGCUCAGAGACGAGCUGCGUGCGGGCUGCUCUACACGGCACAGCGCGCGCGCACACGCCCCGCCGGCCCGGCGGGCAGACACGCGCUCGGCCGCCCCCCACGCCGCCGCCCCCGGCACCCCAGGGCUCCCGCGUCCGGAAAGUGAGCCUCGGCUCUCCCCAGCCUGGCGGCCCUGGCCGGCCUCCUGCGCGCCCCAUGCCGGCCCUCCUGCUCCUCGCGACCCUGCUGCUCCUGGCCUCCGCCCCCCCGGCUGGGGCGCGCCCCGCCAACGCCACGACCGCUGAGGCCGCCGGCCCGCUGCCCGCCCUGCUGGCGCACCUGAGGCGCCUGACCGGGGCGCUGACGGGCGGCGGGGGCGCGGCGGGCGCCGGCGGCGCCAAUGGCUCGAGGGCCGGUGCCGGCGGCGGGGCGGGCGCGGCGGCCAGGGCGCCCCCGCCGGCCGAGCUGUGCCACGGCUACUACGACGUCAUGGGCCAGUACGACGCCACCUUCAACUGCAGCACCGGCUCCUACCGCUUCUGCUGCGGCACGUGCCACUACCGCUUCUGCUGCGAGCACCGUCACAUGCGCCUGGCGCAGGCCUCCUGCUCCAACUACGACACGCCGCGCUGGGCGACCACGCCGCCACCGCUGGCCGGGGGCGCCGGGGGCGCCGGUGGUGUGGGCGGGGGCCCCGGGCCCGGCCAGGCCGGGUGGCUGGAAGGGGGCCGGGGGGGAGGAGCUGGGGGGCGGGGGGGCGAGGGCCCCGGGGGCAGCACGGCCUACGUGGUGUGCGGGGUCAUCAGCUUCGCCCUGGCAGUGGGCGUCGGCGCCAAAGUGGCCUUCAGCAAAGCGUCCCGUGCGCCCAGGGCGCACAGGGAGAUCAACGUGCCCAGGUGUGUGAGCGCAGCAGACCGAGGGGCACUGGUGGACAUUCUGAGACAUCAGGCGGGACCUGGGAGCCGCCCGGACCGCACCCGGAGCAGUUCCCUAACCCCAGGGAUUGGGGGCCCUGACAGCAUGCCCCCUCGGACGCCCAAGAGCCUCUACAACACCGUGAAACCCUCUAAUCUCGAUAAUCUGCACAACUAUCUGCACCUGAAUGUCAAUAGCCCCAAGCACCAUGCUGCCACACUGGACUGGCGGGCGGCACCUCCACCAAGCCCCUCCUUGCACUACUCCACACUGUCGUGCUCGAGGUCCUUCCACAACCUCUCCCACCUGCCCCCAUCCUACGAGGCUGCUAUGAAAUCGGAACUCAACCGCUACUCUUCGCUUAAGAGGCUGGCCGAGAAGGAUCUGGACGAGGCCUACCUCAAGCGGAGGCCCCUGGAGAUGGCCCGCGGGACGCUGCCCCUGCACGCCCUGCGGCGGCCGGGCACCGGGGGCGGCUACCAGCUGGACGGCUGGGGCGGCCCCGAGGAUCUGGGCCUGGCGCCCGCUCAUCACCCGCGCCGGGUCAUGUCGCAAGAGCACCUGCUGGGCGACUCGGCCCGGGCGCGCUGCGAGUUCACGCUUCCGCGCGCACGCCUCGUAUCCCAGGAGCACCUGCUGCUGUCAUCACCCGACGCGCUGCGCCAGAGCCGCGAGCAUCUGCUGUCGCCGCCGCGCAGCCCCGCGCUGCCCCCCGAGCCCGCGACGCGCGCCGGCUUGGCCGCCUCACACUCCAACCUGCUGCUGGGGCCCGGGGCCCCCCCCACGCCGCUGCAUGGGCUGCACGCGCACCACCACCACGCGCUGCACGGCUCCCCGCAGCCCGCCUGGGUGGCGGAUGCGGGCGGGGGCACGCUGGCGCGCAGGCCACCCUUCCAGCGCCAGGGCACGCUGGAGCAGCUGCAGUUCAUCCCCGGCCACCACCUGCCACAGCACCUGCGCACUGCCAGCAAGAACGAGGUGACGGUCUGAGCCCAGCUCAGCCGUUCCGCCUCCGGGGGUCCUGGGACGCCACUGGCAGGGCACAGCUGCCUUUGAGGACUGAGGGUUGGGGAUCCUGGGCUCCACCUGUCGGGGCGUGGUGUUCCUUAGAUCCUCCUGCCUCGGCUCUGAUACUUUCCCUACCCAUGGCGUCAUCGCAGAGGAAGCCCUGCCGGAAGCCGCCUUUCAGUCCUGGUCAAGACACCCCCCUCACACACAAUGUCCUAGCAGAGACCACGGCUUGAACUACGACAUCACCCCAGUACAAAGACUCCUCCCUGUUGACAUCAGUGCAGAGACACCCCUCACUAGCAUGGGAGUCACCAGGAAAGUAAUUCCUUCGACAAUGUCAUCACUCCGUGGACAAAGCCAUCUUCCUAGACAGCAGGCCUUCUCCCUCCCAACUUCCUUCUUUGAUGCCAUCACCUGAGAAGGUGCCCUGCACCGUCACCAGAAGGACUG